CACACACUGGGUACUUCUUUCUUUGCAGUACCACCUCGCCAAGUAUUCGUCAUCAAGUGCGGAAGUGUGAUUAAUCAUCCACCGAGAGUUGCAGAAACUAGUUUGCAGAGUGUUCAUAUCGAGUGGAUGUUCAUUGUUGCUGUGCAAAACGCAGUUCGUUCACAGACAGGGGUGCGGCACGGAUUACAAAAUUGCUGAUUAGUCGAGAAACACCGUAAUGGAAAAUUUGAAAGAGCAAUUUCCUGCUUACAACGCAGUGCUGAGGCAGCCAAAUGGACAGCCCAAACCGUACCACAGCACUGGACUGCCCGAUUGUCCACCGAAUGGGGCGGGAAUACCGGGCAUGGUGAUGAUCGGGAAGAAAAGUGGCCCCGCUGUUCCGCCGAAACCGAGGAAAAACUCGCAGCAACAAGUUCCUCCACAGGUUCCGAAAAGUUCCAACGUAAAGCAGUACUGCGAGCCCUCGUUUUCUACCGUGCUCGAAGGUCAGGCCAGCAACCUUGACGAACAUGCGUACACAAACGUAGGCGGCGCUGAACGAGACGGUGCCGCGGUUCCCGGUGGUAAGCUGGGAGCGCGCAAGGUUACCCUUGACGAUGCCCUCGAGUUGCAGCACGUAAAAGAGGCACUCGAGCACCACAAGCGAACCUUGGAGGCGAAUCGCGCAAAGUCACACCAGGGUGGGCCCGAGCCCCACGGCACGGUUUACGAAAACACCCAUGCCUCACCGUACCCCGGUGCCUAUGGGUCGGAUGCAACAUAUUCCAACAUUCCAGGAGGGGCUCGUGGUGGCCAGCCCGUUAUGAAGAACAACGAUGGUCUGAUUUACAGCAACAUAAUGCACAGCAACAACGGUGUUCCAGCGAAAGCGUUCCCGCAACGGCAAAUAUCGGAGGAGUUGCCACCUCCGCCACCGCAAGAUAUGCCACCGUUGCAAAUAACGAUGAAUGCAUUGAACUUGGAGGAUAAUGACGACGAGUUUCCACCGCCACCGAGUCCGGUAAGUUCGUCGUACAGUGAGCUCCGUCGGGCCACAGAUCCUCCGUCCCACAUAGGAAGGCAGCCGCAGCCAACCUACACGAUGGUGGGUCCUGGUGCUAGCGGUGGCGGAAACGUUGGAGCUCCGGGAGGACAAACUUACAGCAACAUGGCACCGGGAAGCCAAAUCUAUGCCAACAACAUGCACCACCAGUCUCUGUACGGGACGUAUGGUAUGAGUUCACAGGGUUCGACGACGUACGAAUCGAUCUACGAACCGAUAAACCCGCGCCCUCCGAGCCAAAUGUCCGCCCGAUCGAACUACUCGCUCUACGCACCGUACGUAAAUUCGCACGGAAUCAACAGCCCCAACGAUAGCAUUAUCACGAGCGCCUCCCAACAGCAGCACCGUGGUGGAGGCGGUUCCGGCGGUAUGAACAAGGAAACGGAAGUGGACACCCUUACGGAUUUGUUGGUGCAGUCGAUCCAGGACACCGACUCAUUCGGAACAUGCGUUAAGUGUGGCGAACGUGUGGUGGGCGAGAAGACGGGCUGUACGGCGAUGGACAAAAUCUAUCACAUCGCUUGUUUCACGUGCCAGCAGUGUCAGAUUAAUUUGCAGGGAAAACCAUUUUACGCGCUCGAUGGAAAGCCGUACUGCGAGGAAGACUACCUCAACACGCUGGAGAAAUGUUCCGUCUGUCUGAAGCCGAUCCUCGAACGCAUCCUGCGUGCCACCGGAAAACCGUACCAUCCGCAAUGCUUCACGUGCAUCGUUUGCGGCAAAUCGCUCGACGGCAUUCCGUUCACCGUGGAUGCAACGAACCAGAUACACUGCAUCGACGAUUUCCACAAGAAGUUCGCACCACGAUGCUGCGUCUGCAAGCUGCCAAUAAUGCCCGAACCGGGCGAAGAUGAGACGGUCCGCGUGGUGGCACUCGAUCGUAGCUUCCACAUCAACUGCUACAAGUGUGAAGACUGCGGGCUGUUGCUCUCAUCGGAAGCGGAAGGACGCGGCUGCUACCCACUGGAUGAUCAUAUUCUCUGCAAAAGCUGCAACGCAAAGCGUGUCCAGGCCCUCACUAGCCAUAUGACGACUGAGCUGUAAACAGAUUUCCCUAUUGCGGCUUCUCGCAAAAACUGAAGCAAUUUCGUAACGCAUACCGUACUUAGGGCGCCCGUGUUCCGGAGAGCGGAACAAACGUAGCGCGUGGCUGCUAGAUCCGUGGCAAUUGGUAUAGUGUAGGAAAAAGAAAACAAAAACGAUAGUCAAAUUUAUUGCACAAAAACGAAUAGCUUUUAACCGCACGAACGGCACGCAUUCGCUGCGCAUCGCGCUUUCAUUCAUUCCAUUUCGGUAGAGAGAAACACUUUAAGCUUUUUAACGUUAUAUUUAUAGAAUGUAUCUGAUACCUUACCGUUAGAAUUAAGCAAACGAUGGGAGAGUUGGUUUUUAACCAGAUUUAUUGCUCUAAUUACCAGAAUAGAAAGGGGUUUAGCAUCUAGAUAAAGAUACGCGUGAUUUGUUAUUGUACUACCAGGGCGGACGGACAAAAAGGACGCACAAUACUUGCAUUUACAUUCCUCUUCGCUGUCCGUAGACUAAAACUUUCCACUACAUUGCAUUUGCGGAGACAAUAGGGGUUCACAUUCCAUAUAUUCACUCUUAAAAAAAACGUUGUCCAUUCGGAACGAGUUGAUGAUAGGAAAACAAAUCUUUAAUAUACCGAUAAAAAGGUAAUCAUCAGCAUGGAACUAGCAUUAUUGCAUGUGUCAAACGUAAUGUUGAAUUUUGUAUGUUUGUCGUGGAUUCAAAUAAACCGUACAGAAAAAUACCUGUUAA